AAAAUUAGAAGUGAAAGUCAAGGGCACAUGACUAAUGACGUCAUCUAAUCAGGAGACAUUGUGAAAGGGGUAAUAGUCAUAAUAUUCACAAAAUACACAUAAAUACAUAUCUACCUUUCAUUCAAGAAGAAAUAUUGUCAAGAGGAAAAUCGAAUCAUUGUCGAUAACAGAUCUACUUAAGUAAAACAAGAUGUCUCGUUUAUACCCAACAUUAGAAGAUAUGAAGGUUGACCAGAUGCAGCAGGCUCAGCAUCAGUAUGAGUCAUCAGCUGCAAGUCAACCAAUCACAUACCCUCAACAAGGGGCACCUGCUACCUACCCACAACAAGGAACAGCAGCUCCCUACCCACAGCAGAGUGGUUCAUCUCUGUAUCCCUCACUGGGAGAGUACAUGGGAUUAAAUCUCACACCAGAGUUUCUUGAACAAAACAUGCCAGUAGUACCACAUAAUAUGCAGAUAGCUACUACACCAAGUCCUAGUCAGUCUAUGAUUGCACCAAUAACUGGACAAGGAAACAAAGGUUUAGUGAGAGCUGAAAUCAAAGGAGGUGUUAGAGAACUAGUAGCAUGUAAGGAUGGUGAUGGCAAAAUAGGUCUUAGAUUACGUCAUAUCAACAGUGGUUUGUUUGUUGCCCUUGUACAAAAUAAUUUGCCAGCAGCUUUAGCUGGGUUACGGUUUGGGGACCAGAUUUUACAGAUCAAUGGACAGAAUGUAGCUGGAUGGAAUACAGAUAAAGCACAUGAGUUCCUAAAAAAAGCAAACCCUGACAGAAUUACAUUUGCUAUAAGAGACAGACCAUUUGAAAGAACAAUAACAAUGCAAAAAGACAGUGCUGGGUACAUUGGUUUUGUAUUUAAAGAUGGAAAAAUUAAAUCCAUUGUGAAAGAUUCAUCAGCAGCAAGGAAUGGCGUGUUAACAGACCAUCAUCUGAUUGAGGUUGGAGGCCAGAAUGUUGUUGGUUUGAAGGAUGAUAAAAUCUCAGAGAUCAUUGAUGCUGGUGGUAGAUCCAUCACAAUCACACUCAUGCCAUCAUUCUUAUAUGAACAUAUAGUCAAAUGCAUGGGUAACAGCAUCGUGAAGAAAUUGAUGGAUCAUAGCAUUCCAGAUGUGUAAAAAACUUAUAAAACAUAGACCGUAGACCGAAAUGUAUAGAGAAUGUCUGAUUAUUAAUAUGUCUUUAUAUUAAAAACAGUCAAUUAUGAGAUAGUUGUGGACCCAAAGGCUAUUAGAAUUCUGUGAUAGAGAUUUAAAAAAUUAAACCAAUAGAAAUCCACAAACUGUUAAACUAUUGAUAAUAAGGAAUUUUAUAUGUUUGUGGUUACUUUUAUACUAGUCUUGAUUUGUUUUUCUUCGUAAGGUAAAAGCAAAACAGGGAAUUUGUGAAAUAUGAAUGUUUCUUAAAAACGCAAAUUUCCCCCAAACAAAUGUUUGGAGUUAAACAUUUUUAUUUUGUAAAGACCUGUAUUUUAGUAUAUUUAUACUUCUUAAACCAAGUUUAUAGAAAGAAAAUAUAUAAAAAUCAUUAUUUUUGGACAAUGUGAUAAAAAAACACUAGUUUAUUAAUAUGAUUGUAAUUAUUGUUGUUGUUUUGGAUUUUAUCUUGUCUUUCUUAUUUAUGGCUGUGGGAGCACAAAUUGUUUGCAGCAAAGUAGCUGGAAUAUUUUUAACAUAUUUUUACUUACUUCUGCAUGAGAACCAUAAUUAUAAAUGACGUAAGAAUUACCAUGUAAUUUAUUAUCAAGCUGUAAUUCAUGUGUUAUAUGAAUAUAAUUAUUUUGAUGUAGUCAUUUGCACAGUUAGGUGUUAUAUAGUUUGGUAGAUAUAUGUGUGAUAAUUGUUCAUUCUGCAUUGUUCUAAAACCAAAUUUUAACCACUUCAGUCAUAUUUCGUAAAUAUUUGUAAGUCUCAUUUGAUAAGCAUAUUGGAUAAAUUUCCUUAUGUCAGUUUAUUUAGGAAAAUUGAAACAUUUUCAAAUGUCUUUAAAAUAUAAUCUUGCAUAAAAAAAAAAUCUUUUAGUUAUUUAGAUAUAUGAAGUCCUCUUUUGAAGUCAAAUGUAUUUGUUAAAAUCUUUGCAGAAAACACUUGUGUUCUCUUUUUUUUAGACUGUCAAUGUAUUUUGCUAAAAUUGUGGUAUACUAUUUUGUUAAUUCUUUGUUAUUUAAUAUUAAAAAAUCAAUUAAAUA